CUUAAUAGUCAAAGUUCCUCUGUUUUAGCAGUCCUCUGUCUCGUUCUCAUCUCUCACAUGAACCAUAACUUUCUCUAACAUCACUCUCCUUUACACAACCCCAAAAAUAGACCCUUCCUUCUCUCUCUCCGCUUCAUUCUUCGCUCACACACCACCCCCCAAAACUCUCUUCCCUCUUUGCAUUUAUUUUACAGCUUUAACCUCCUCUGUUCUUGCCCCAGAUGGAAAGGCUAGCCUCGGAGCUCUUCCUCGUCGCCGGUAACCCUGACUCUUUCGUCGUCGACGACCUCCUUGACUUUUCUAAUGACGACGGCCAAACUGAUGACGGGUUUGACACCCUUCUUCCUGAUUCUUCUUCCGUCUCCACCUUCACUCUCGCCGACAGCUCCAACUCCUCCUCCUCCGUUUUCACCGACAGUACUGGCUUUUCCCACGACCUCUAUAUUCCGAGUGAAGAUUUAGCUGAGCUAGAAUGGUUAUCCAAUAUUGUGGAAGAAACAUUCUCAGAAGAAGACCAAGACAAGCUUCACUUACUGUCCGGUUUAAAAAACCCUCAAACCAUCGGGUCAACCCAGACCCAUCCAAUCAAACCCGAACCAGAACCCGAUUUCGACCAGUUCAUCGACACUGAUGAGUCAAACGUCGCGGUUCCUGCCAAAGCGAGGAGCAAGAGAUCACGCUCUGCAGCUUCCACGUGGGCUUCCCGCCUUUUAUCCUUAGCCGACUCCGACGAAUCAAACCCCAAGAAGAAACAGCGGAGAGUGAAUGAGCAAGAAAUGGCAGUAGAAAUGGACGUAGACUGCGGAGGAGGUCGAAGGUGUCUGCACUGCGCGACGGAGAAGACGCCGCAGUGGAGGACGGGACCGAUGGGUCCCAAGACGCUUUGCAACGCGUGCGGAGUAAGGUACAAGUCAGGGAGGCUCGUCCCGGAGUACAGACCGGCUUCGAGCCCUACGUUCGUGAUGGCUAGGCACUCGAACUCUCACCGGAAAGUGAUGGAGCUCCGGCGACAGAAGGAGAUGAGAGACGAGCAUAUGCUGAGUCAGCUUAGGUGUGAGAAUCUAAUGAUGGAUAUCAGAUCCAACGGUGAAGAUUUCUUAAUCCAUAACCACGUGGCUUCUGGUUUUAGACACUUAAUUUAACUUUCCUAUUUCCACGUGGAUAGUUUCGCAAUAAUUUGUUCUUUUUCGUCUUUUAGCAUUUUUUAUAAUUUCCUUUUAACAUCUUAAUUGUUUUUUUUUUCUUUUCCUUUUUCUGCAGACUACUACUACUGAUAUAUUUGAUAGCUUUUGUGUUGGUCUUCUUCUACUACUUGAAAUUUAAAUUAGAAAGGUUAUUAAAUAACUGCA